AUGUCGUGUGUUAUACGCUACUAUCAUUGCCUUCCUUUGCAGAAGAGAAAAGGCACCAAAAAAGGGCCGUCGAAAACUUCUCGAGAGAAAGUAGAAAAGAAGAAGGUGAAAGGAAAGGGAGAGCCAAAGACGAAAGAGAAAGAUCGCACUACUACAGUUUCAGUUGAAGAGAAGUCACUUGCUGCCACUCAAAACACUGAUGGAGAAGGCCAAAAGAAGGGGAGCUCUAAACACAGUCAGAAUUUAGAAGAAUCCAAAGAGAGAUUGAAAGGAUCCAAAGAAAAAACAGUAGAAGGUUCCAAGGAGAAAAAGAUCGAAGGUAGCAAGGAGAAAAAACAAACCAUUUUGCAAAAAAAAGAGCGGCAUGACAUGCAAGACACGGGCACCACGUCUGAUUGCUCUCGCGAGAGCCGGGUUUGCGAGAUUGGUGUCGUGGGCCGGUCGGACCCGUGA